AUGAAAUUACUUAGAAUUGUUGCUGUAUCCAUAUUGCUCUACAAUAUCUUCAACCAUAUCUUUUAUAAAUGGUUACCAAGUAUCUAUCAGUUCGAUAGACAUCUUUUGACCAAAAUAUCGAAUGAAGUGAUUGCAAAUCACCCAGAUGGCAAUGCCACUGAAAUUAUGAUAGAGUUAGCACCGAAGAUUAAAGAGGCAUAUCCUGAACUUAUCAACGACUUAAACUUCGAUGAUUGGGUGUAUAAUAAUGCUGGUGGAGCUAUGGGCACUAUGUUCAUCUUACACGCUUCCAUCACGGAAUACUUGAUUUUCUUUGGUACUGCCAUUGGUACAGAAGGACACACAGGAAUUCACUUUGCUGAUGACUACUUCACCAUAUUAACUGGUAAGCAGAUGGCAGCUUCUCCAGGAGCCCUCACUCCUGAGGUCUAUUUGCCAGGCGAUGUUCACCACAUGCGGAAGGGUCAAUCUAAGCAAUAUGCAAUGCCAAGUGGCGCUUUUGCAUUAGAAUUGGCUCAAGGAUGGAUUCCAACGAUGCUUCCUUUCGGGUUUUUGGAUACAUUGACAUCGACCUUAGACUUCAAUGCAUUUGGAAGAACAGUAUACUUCACCGGAAAGGAUAUGUUAAAGAACUUAGCAAAGGGGAAGUUUUAG